AUGGUGAAUCGUGAAGAGGUGAAGCCUUGUGCCGCAAGCUCCGUUGCCAGCACCCUGCUUGUAUCCCUUGGUCUUACUGAAGCUGAUGCAGCGGACGCUGCUCCUCGACGUUCUGGCCGCUCCAAUGCGGGAACAGGAGGUAGGAAUGCCCAGCUAGAGAAGAUCGGGGUAGUGUUAGAGGCUAAGUCCCAGAAUCGGAAGCCCAAGGGUGCCACAUCUCUUGGUACACUCAAUCCAGUGAACCCCCAGGCUCCAGAACCGCCCUGUAAAGGCCAAAAGCGCCAUCCAAAGGGUAAUGAUAUAUCAUUCAACACAGAUGAUAUAUCGCUGUAUGCCCUGCACAUUUGGGAUACAUUCUAUAUUUAG